GAUACCAACGCUUCGCAUUCUAGGGCUAGAGAAUGAACGUGCAUCGGGCAUUCCCAAAUUAGCCCAGCUGGCAAGCAUGGCCCCCUCCGUACGAGAAGUCUUGCUGUCGUUGCGCGCCUGGCCGGGAACGGAUACCAUGGCAGCUAUAGCGCAAGCCAUGGGCAACUUCCGCUCCCUAACCUCGCUCCACCUGUUAGCGAUCGAUCCCUGGAUCGAGCAAGAAUGGAUCGAGGCUGCCAAACUGUUCGCGCGUGAGAGCCCUGGGCUGGUCCAUUUUUCCGGGUUUGACUGGAUAGUCGAAAGUGAGGAAUGGGUGAGACAACAUCCGAUCAGUUGUUCGGUGUGUAACGAGGCGUGGCCUUUGACGCUUGAGUGAUGAAAGGGUUGUGUACGUGCGUAACAGAGUCUCAGGUAGCUGUGUCCAUCGCAGUUCGGUGACUGACAUUGUACAACCGUCAAUGUAUCAAAUCUCGAAAUGAAA